AUGCCUCGCGUUGCGCAGGCACCGCGUGCGAGCAGCACCAAGAACGGCAGCAAGCCGCCACCAUCGCAUCCGCCGUCGCCAUACAAAAACUCUCCGGUGAAGAUCCCACUCAACGACGAUGUGCAGGAAAAGGCACGCCGGCUGCAGUCGCGGCAGGCGCUGAAGGCGUCAGCGACGCCGACAUCACGCAAGGUGAGCGCGAUCCGGCUGGACGAGCUGGAGAACAGAUCGGCGGGGUCAAGCCCGCGGACACCACGCGGCCGGGCAGCCCGCCAGAGCCUGGGCAGUGUGGCGGCGGCGGCAGCCUCACGGCGGGAGUCGAUCAGCGCGGGAGCUGGUCGUGGCCGUGGUCACGACGACGACGACGAUGACGAUGACGAUGACCGAGUGGUAGUGGGCGGAUCGGCGGUGACGCCUAUGAAGCGGGUGCCGAUCCUGGCCAACUUUGAGGAGUGGAUGAAGAUGGCGACGGACAACAAGAUCAACGCGGCCAACUCGUGGAACUUUGCCCUGAUCGACUACUUCCACGACAUGUCGCUGCUGAAGGAAGGCGACGGGGUCAACUUCCAAAAGGCCAGCUGCACGCUCGACGGCUGCGUCAAGAUCUACACCAGCCGCGUCGACAGCGUGGCCACGGAGACGGGCAAGCUGCUGAGCGGCCUAGCCGACAGCCGGGAUAACAAGAAAAAGGCAGUUGGCGGCAGUGGUGACGACGGCGUCGACGGCAGCGAUGACGAAGACGAAGAUGAGCUCGACGAGGACGGCAACGUCAAGAAGAAGCAGCGCAAGAAGCAGCGGUCAGAGGUGACGCUGGCGCCGUCGUUUGCGUCGCUGCAGCUCAAAAAGCUGGAGCUCGAGUUUGCCGUCGACCCGCUCUUCAAGAAGGCCUCGGCCGACUUUGACGAGGGCGGCGCCAAGGGACUGCUGCUGAACCACCUGAUGGUCGAUGCGCAGGGACGCAUCGUGUUUGACAGCAGCGACGACGCGGAGGUAAAGGGCAAGAAAGGGGAGGAAGAGGCGGCAAGGGUUGACGAUGAGGAGGAGGGCGGUGACGAUGAAGUGGAAGGGGAAAACGAAAAAGGAGAAGAGGGCACAGAUGAAGAGGACGUGCCGAUCGACAUUGCAGCCCUGGGCCAGCGGUUCUUCCCGGAGCUGCACCGGCUGGACGAGCUGGACGUGUGUCCGUCGCUCAAGACGUUGGACCUGGGCGACCCGUCAGGCACGACGGACAUUCCGUUUCUGCGGGCGCUGGAGGACCGCGACGAGGCAGUCGGCGGCAGUGGCAGCGGAAGCGGCGACAAGACGGCCAUGUUCAUCGACGAGGACGGGCCGCUCGGCUUUGACGACACGGACGCACUCGGUGGCUUCGAUCUGGGGCCGGAGGUAGACUUUGGCGAAGGCGGUGAGGCAUGGGCACGCGAGGCCCGACUGGAGCCGCAGAUGCGAGUUUACGAUGCAGGCGGAGACGGCGACGUGGCAGACGAGCUUCUGCUGCAGCCGGGCGGUGCAGAGACGGACGACUUUACGAUCGCGAUGGCGCGGGCAUCACAGGCGCCCGACAAGAUGCACGAGAACAUGCUGAGCUACUUUGACCAGGCGCUGCGCAAGAACUGGACGAGCGCGGAGCAUUGGCGAAUCCGACGGAUCAAAGACGUCAACAAGCCAACGGCAGCCAAGACGCGCAAGGAGAAGGAGCCGUUUGCGAUUGCAUUUGACGGGCCGCUGAGCGAGGCCAUGGCAGAGCAGCUGUUCACGCAGGCGUCGAGCAACACGACGAUCACGCUGGCCAAGAAGGACUGGAAGGCCAAGUCGCGCAACCUGCUGCCGGACGACAAGCAUUUCCACAGCAAGCAGCUGCUGUCUCUAUUUCUGAAGCCGCGGGCGCGACUAAGUCGACGGCGGCAGUGGUUGGGGGGACGGGGAGUCGGAAUCGGGAGAUCCGGGGGAUCCGGAGGUGCGGGCGGCCUGGUGGACGUGCCAGAAGGCGAGAUGGACGAAGCCUUCUGGGCGUCGCAAAAGGGGCCGGAACAGCCAACGGUGGAGGGACGGGAGCGUGACAGUCCCCACGGCCACGGCGACUACGACGCAGACUUUUUCGCCGACGAUGGGCUUCCGUUUGCCGGUGGUGGUGGCGGCGACGAGGACGACGACGGCGACGAGUUUGCGGAUGCGCGUGACCACUUCAGUCCAGGCGUCGACGGGGCCGAGCCGGUGCUGGGCGAGAACGGCAUGACGGCGACAAACGGGUUUCCGGGCGGAUUUACGCAGGCGCUCGGGUUCACGCAGGGGCUCGUGGGCGGUGGUGGUGUCGGCGGGACGACCAACGCGUUUGGCGAUCUGGCGUUUGGCACGACGCUGGUGACGUCGAGCCGGCGCGUACGGCCUGAGUACGUGCAGUAUGCGCGGGUGGCCAAGAAGGUGGACGUGCGACGGCUGAAGGAGGAGCUGUGGCAGGGGAUGGGAUGGGAGGGACAAGACAAAGACACCUCCAGACUGCUGACACCGCCACCCGGAGAAGAGGCAGGCAGCGCCGACAGAGCAGACAAGCAGGACGACCGGCAGCUCAAGUUCACAGACGUGAUGAACGGACUGCAGCGGGUGUAUCCCAAGACGGCGAUGAACGACAUCUCGACGAGCUUCUGUUUUAUUUGUUUGCUGCAUCUGGCUAACGAAAAGGGACUGGUGAUCGACAAGACCGACGGACUGACGGACCUGGACAUUCGCAAGGACUGGACGGCUGUGGGAGAAGGUGUGUGA